UACUAGUUACUAUUAUUUAUUUAUUUAUUAUUAUACUUAAUGAUGGUGAUGAUGAUGAUGAUAAUGACACUGAUGAUUUUUAACCGGAUUAAAAUCGAGUUUUUCUGAAUGUUCAUAAGAAUUUCUCCGGCCUCCUGAUUGACUUUGGAGUUUUGCAUCUUGGGAGAGAAAGUGAAGGCAUUAGCAUUUUUAAGUGGAUUGAUCACAUAAACCUUUUCUCUCCCAACCCCACCCUUGCCCUCAUCCCCUUCCCCAGGCUUGAAAGAAUUUUACUGGCUGUUAAGUCUGUGACCUUAUUUUUCCUGAUCUUUAACUUAACUGUUUUAGAGCAUCUCUGGACGUCUGUAUUUUUAAUUUUUUAUUUUUGUUUUUUUUAUUUUUAAUCUUUCAUUUGUUAAAUUUUUAAACUGUGCUGCAAUAAAAUGUGUGUGGUACUACUUAACACCUUUGAUGGUGAUGGCAUUUUCCCAGAAAGCCAUUUUCCUCCUGUUUCCCUUGAAAUCCCAUCCUGCUUUUCCUGUACACUACUACCCCUCACAAACCACAAGCUGCAGCAACAUGGAUGCCCAGCCUGGAACAGCAGCAGCCAGGAUGACCUGGAGCCAGGGGGGCCUUCGGAACAGAUGCACACCCUUCCUGGGUGAUGGUAAGAGUUUUUCGGCUUUGUGAGGAACCUUAUCAUCAAAGAAAAUGGCCAGCAACGUUACCAACAAGACAGAUCCUCGCUCCAUGAACUCCCGUGUAUUCAUUGGGAAUCUCAAUACUCUUGUGGUCAAGAAAUCUGAUGUGGAGGCGAUCUUCUCGAAAUACGGCAAAAUUGUGGGUUGCUCUGUUCAUAAGGGCUUUGCCUUCGUUCAGUAUGUUAAUGAGAGAAAUGCCCGGGCUGCUGUGGCAGGAGAGGAUGGCAGAAUGAUUGCUGGCCAGGUUUUAGAUAUUAAUCUGGCUGCAGAGCCAAAAGUGAACCGAGGAAAAGCAGGUGUGAAACGAUCUGCAGCGGAGAUGUACGGGUCAGUACCAGAACACCCUUCUCCGUCCCCUCUACUCAGCUCCUCUUUUGACUUGGACUAUGACUUUCAACGAGAUUAUUAUGACAGGAUGUAUAGUUACCCAGCACGUGUUCCUCCUCCUCCUCCCAUUGCUCGGGCUGUAGUUCCUUCAAAACGCCAGCGUGUAUCAGGAAACACCUCACGAAGGGGGAAAAGUGGCUUCAAUUCUAAGAGUGGACAGCGAGGAUCUUCCUCCAAGUCUGGAAAGUUGAAAGGCGAUGACCUUCAGACCAUUAAGAAGGAGUUGACCCAGAUAAAACAAAAAGUGGAUUCUCUACUGGAAAGCCUGGAAAAAAUUGAGAAAGAACAGAGCAAACAAGGAGUAGAGAUGAAGAAUGAUAAGUCAGAAGAGGAGCAGAGCAGCAGCUCCCUGAAGAAAGAUGAGACUAAUGUGAAGAUGGAGUCUGAGGGGGGUGCAGAUGACUCUGCUGAGGAGGGGGACCUACUGGAUGAUGAUGAUAAUGAAGAUCGGGGGGAUGACCAGCUGGAGUUGAUCAAGGAUGAUGAAAAAGAGGCUGAGGAAGGAGAGGAUGACAGAGACAGCGCCAAUGGCGAGGAUGACUCUUAAGCACAUAGUGGGGUUUAGAAAUCUUGUCCCAUUAUUUCUUUACCUAGGCGCUUGUCUAAGAUCAAAAUUUUCACCAGAUCCUCUCCCCUAGUAUCUUCUUCAGCACAUGCUCACUGUUCUCCCCAUCCUUGUCCUUCCCAUGUUCAUUAAUUCAUAUUGCCCUGCGCCUAGUCCCAUUUUCACUUCCUUUGAUGCUCCUAGUAGUUACUAUGUUAAGUCUUACCCUGUAAUUUUUGCUUUUAAUUUUGAUACCUCUUUAUGACUUAACAAUAAAAAGGAUGUGUGGUUUUUAUCAACUGUCUCCAAAAUAAUCUCUUGUUAUGCAGGGAGUACAGUUCUUUCCAUUCAUACAUGAGCUCAGUAGUUGCUUCCCUAACUGCAAAGGCAAUCGCAUUAGUUGAGUAGCACCUGAGAACAGCUUUGAGUUAGAGGUAUGUGUGUUAUACCCCACAUAAGAGUGCUAUGUGGGGCUGUUCAACACAAAUGUAACAAUGUAUUUUUGUGAAUGAGAGUUGGCAUGUCAAAUGCAUCCUCUAGAAAAAUAAUUAGUGUAACAGUCUUAAGAUUUGUUUUCUAAAGUUGAUACUGUGGGUUAUUUUUGUGAACAGCCUGAUGUUUGGGACCCUUUUUUCUCAAAAUAAACAAGUCCUUAUUAAACCAGGAAUUUGGAGAAAAAAAAAAAA